AUGAAUAUUGAUUCAUCAACAUGGAAGGAGUAUAGUAGGGAAGAUGCAGAGUUUGAAGCUCUACAACCCCAUCUUCCACCACCCAAAUCCUUCGCAGAUUACUCAUCCGCCGCUGAGCUCCGUCAGUCAUUCAAUGAGCAAAUUGGCCAGAUGGUUGCGGCCGGCAUCGUGACUUUUCCCGACUGGACUGGUUACCACAAAUCUGAAAUCCAGAUCCCUACGCGCGAUGGGUCUUCAGUGCGGUCCCUCGUGAUUCGUCCUGAGGGAAAGGAACCAGGACCGUUGUAUGUGUAUUUCGCCGGCGGUGGAUGGACUUUUGGGAUGCCAGAGUUUGGCGAGGGAAUGGCAGAGAUGUUGGUGAAGGAAUUAGGUUUCACGGUCGUGAGCGUAGGGUAUCGGAACGCACCAGAGCAUGUCUUUCCUACUGCGGCGCAUGACGCUAUUGAUGCAGUCAAAUGGACUCUCCAGUGUGCCGAGAACGCGAAGUCGUUGAGUGCGGAUCCUUCCAAAGGUUUCAUCCUAGGAGGGACUUCAGCUGGAGCCAACCUAGCAGCUGUAUCAGCCCAUCAGGUUGUCGAUGACAACUUAACCCCGAAGAUUACUGGGGUAGUCCUUAUGUCUGUUUCGGUAUGCCAUCCCAAGGCCAUGCCCGAGGAGUACAAACCGCACAUAUCAAGCUGGGAGGACCAUAGAGAUAGUCUAGUACUGGACCGCCGAGGCAUGGAAUGGUUCUUCGACAACUACAAACCAGACCCCAAGUCACCAUUAGCGAGCCCGCUGAUCUGGAAGACUCAUGAAGGCCAACCUCCUACGUAUCUGCAGGUCAUGGGGACUGAUCCCUUGCGUGACGAAGCACUGGUAUACGAGAACGUUCUCCGAGACAUUGGGACACCAACGAAGGUCGACGUGUAUGCUGGAUAUCCGCAUGGUGCGCCCGACUUCUUUCCCAUGCUUAGCGUGGCGAAGAGGGCGUUGGCUGAUUUGAAGGAGGGUUUGGGAUGGAUUUUGCAGCAGCGUUCGGCCUUCGUCAUAGCGCGCCUUUCUUCUUGCACCCUCAACCCAUCCGAUAAGAGACAGGCACCAAGACACGACGGGCUACGUCCUGCAUCGCGGGCAUACUGUGCCAAGAUGCAGAAUUCACCGCGGUCCAGCCCCGCCGCCAGGCCCGGCACUCCGCGAGGGGCGCGACAAACAAACAACGACGCGAAUCCCCUUUCACACCCCCUCAAACGCCUGUCCCUGCAUUCCGCCUCGAAUACCCCACUACCGCAGUCUCCCGCUCUGAAUUCACCUCGAAGUUCAGCUGAUCUCCGCCGGACGCCUUCGACCCCCAACUUCAAGGCGAAUGCCGUCCAACGCAGCCCAAGUGUAGCAAGUUUCCGCUCUUCAACACCCGCCUUGGGACGCAAGUCGUCGACCUCUUCCCUCCGCGGCGACCCUCCUCGCCCGGGCACUUCUGCAUCCCGCCGCUCGUCCUUCAACCCAAAUAUGCAGGCACCCAUGCCCAAGAGCCCGCUAGGCCCCACGUAUGUAGAGGAGAAGCCACCACUGCGCGCAUGUGAUGUUGCCGAAGACUACUUCAAGAAGGACAUGGCACGGCAUGAGGGUAUGGCAGGCGCAGUCAAUGCGGGCACCAUCGUCAUCGUACACGACCAAUGCUACGGCCAUCGCUUUUCGCGGCCCAAGACACCCAAGAGCCACCUCAGCUUGAUCAUGGAGCGACCAGAGAGGAUACUGGCAAGCGUUUUGGGUAUUUCAGCAGCCUACGUUCGACUGGGCGAGCGCCACGCCGAGGGGGACAAUCCACCGCAUCCGCAUCACAAUCCGCCCGAGCGUAUACCAUUCAAGAUCCGCAAGACUUCCCGAGCAGUCGACAUCACCUCACAGGUCGUCACCAACGUACACGGAACCAAGUGGAUGGGCGAGCUGAAGUCAUUGUGCGAUAACGCAGAGCGGAAGCUGGCAUCGACAGGGAAAGAACUGGUCAGGGACACCCCUGCAAUCCCGGGGCAACCGCCGAAGCAACAACUACAUGCUGGGGAUCUAUACCUCUGCCCCGAAUCGCUAAACGCCUUCCAGGGGGCUCUUGGAGGUGUUUUGGAUGCGGUGGAUGCUGUCUUCCAGGGGACCAGCCUUGGUAGCGGCCCCUCCCGAGCUUUCGUCUGUAUCCGCCCGCCUGGCCAUCACUGCUCCGACGACUUUCCCUCCGGAUUCUGCUGGCUGAAUAACGUUCACGUUGGUAUCGAACACGCCAUGAUGACAUACGGCCUCACGCACGCAGCCAUCAUUGACUUUGAUCUGCAUCACGGAGAUGGCUCGCAAGCUAUAACAUGGGCGCGCAACAAAAAGGUUCAGAACAUGCCCAAGAAUACACCCAACUGGAAGAAGACUUCGAUCGGCUACUUCAGUCUACACGACAUCAACUCGUACCCUUGCGAAGACGGUGAUGACGACAAAGUUCAGGCCGCUAGUCUGUGUAUCGACAACGCACACGGCCAGUCCAUCUGGAACGUGCAUCUGCAGUCUUGGAAGACACCGGAGCAAUUCUGGGAAAUUUACGAAGAGAAGUACCUGAUACUGCUCGAGAAAACACGCCAGUAUCUCAAACAUCACACCAACCGCCUCCGGGCUUCACCAAAUCACCCUGCGCCCAAAGCAGCCAUCUUCUUAUCUGCUGGCUUUGACGCGAGCGAGUGGGAAACUGCCGGCAUGCAACGACACAGUGUCAACGUACCUACCGAAUUCUACGCUCGAUUCACCCGCGAUGCAGUACGCUUGGCCGAAGAGGAGGGUACGUCUGUGGAGGGUCGUGUCAUCUCUGUCCUAGAAGGCGGUUACAGCGACCGAGCACUUACCAGUGGCGUGUUCAGUCAUUUGAGCGGUCUUGUGGAUGGUCAAGUCUGGAAGGAGUCAGAACCAUCAAAGGGCCUCGCCUCCUCCAUGCGAAACAGACUGAGUGGACUUGGUAUCCAGGAUGAAGACGCUCCCAUGCAAUCUGUCGAGCCAGAACUCACACCCGUCAGUUAUGAUCCUCUGUGGUGGCAGGCAAAUCAUCUAUCUGAGCUGGAGGGCCUCGUUCCUCCACCGCCUGUAACUGCCUCAAAGGUGACCCGCGCUGAGCGCCUGGCCCAUUUCUCCUCACCCACACAGUCCUACGUCGCCAAAGUCGUGGAUCCAACAAAGAUCAAUCGUAGUCUUUCCGCCAAAUACGCUUCCAAUCCAUUGAGAGCGCCCACGCCACCGCCGCCAGAGGUUGACUGGGCUACCGCUGCACAUGCUUUGAGUAGUUUGCUAAUUCCCUCUGAUCGUCAAACCCGCAGUUUCAGGCCAGAAGAUCUAGCAGAAGUAAAAGCAAAGAAAGAGAAGCCCGCUGCACCUGCCCCAGCGGCGGUUCAUGUUGAAAAGUCGGGACGUCAAUUGCGUGGUCGUAAAGCUGCUCCAUCUUACGCUGAGCCUGGAUCCGACGACGAAAAGAUAUCUCGUCAAGAGUCACGAGCCAGUAGGCGCCAGACGAUUGCCGACUUCGCACCAGCCAGUUCAGAAGCUUCGGCGCCAGCACGCUCUGCUUCCCGUCGCAUGAGUAUCGCUUCCAGCGUCUCAUCAAUAGGAGACAACAGAAAUGUUCGUGCGCCAAGUGUAGCGGCAAGCCGAAGGAGCGUUGCACCUUCUGUAGCUUCAACUAAUGGAGUGGCUAUGAAGAAGGCAAGAGGAUCAACAACAACGACUGCUGCGGCAGCUCGCGCCCCUCAGCGUCCGGCAGUAGCAAGAGCGCCUUCCAGCUAUUCUGUCAAGGCUGGUGCGACCAAGGGAAAGGAGAACGACGGCGUCGAUGCACUCACUUCAGGCCUGAAGCGCAUCACGUUGAAGAUGCCCUCGAAGGAGGAGCAUGAUGCACGAGAGAAGGAGAAGGCUGAGAAGCAAAAGGCCGCUGAAGCACCAAAGAAGACUACUGCACGGAAACCACCAGCUGCUCGCGCUCCUCCCACAAAACCGACGACUAAACCUGCAGUGACUGCUAAGAGGGGACCUGGUCGGCCAGCAAAGUCGUCGAAACCUGCAUCGCCUAUCCCUGAGGCCCCACAGAUGCAAGUUGCUGCUGCUGCACCUCUCGAACAACCCCAGCCAAUACAGACAGACUCGUCUAAUAUCCUACCACAGCCUACUGCGCCACAGCCUUUCCAGGAUGCACAAAAUCCGAUGGAGCCUCCAGCUGUAGAUCGACGUAUUUCUGGUGGAAUCGUGCAGCCACCCACCGAGUUGCAUGAUAUGGCUAUAACACCGGAACAGAUCCGUGAACAACUCCCUAUGCCGUCCUUUGUCACUGUAACGGAGCCACUCUCGGAUGUCUCACCACCUUCUCGUGCCGAUACGCCUCCUCCCCCACCACCGUCAAAUAUUUCUCAGUUCGUCAACUACACGGCGCAGAGCUUCGGUGGAAACCCAGACUUUGUAACCUCGCCACCGGACACCUCAAGCCCACAGGCGUCCGCAACUUUACAAUGGGUUGCCAAUACACACGCUGAGGACACGACCAUGCCUGGUGUCCCGCUCAUGUCACCGCCAAGCAAGAGGGCUGAUCUACCUGUAUUCACAGCGAACGGUGCGAUACCGUUUGCAUCAGGCUCGAAUGACUUGGAAAACGCGUCUAGGCCUGAGUACCCUGGUGUAGGUAUCAAGAACGAGGAGAAGGUCAGGGACAUGUGGGAGGUCCCUGAUACGCCCGCUCGCUAG